AUGAGUACUGGACUGGGGGAUUUUGAAACGCAGCUCAAGGCGGUCGUGACGGCCAAGCGGCUGUCAAGCUCGAAGAUGACGGCGCUGACGGAGCUUGCGGUGGACAAGAUGCAUGCGGAUACGCAGAUGAUAUCGCUGCUGUAUCGCACGCACAAGGGACUGGCGGCGGCGAACAAGGUGGCGAGUCUGUAUGUGUUUGACUCGAUUGCGCGGGCGGCGCACCGAGUCAAGACCAAAAAGGGGCUUGUUGCGGAUCUCAAUAGCACCAUGGGCAACGCAGCAUCGUUUCUAGUAAGACUAGAGGGGAUGCUGGAUGGACUGGUAGAGGACAUGCUCGGCAACGGACCGGCCGAGGCCAAGGAAAAAACUCGCAAGGUGCUGGAUAUCUGGACACGCGAGGGGACGUUUGCACGCGAUGUGCUGAGCCGUCUCUCGGAGAGGGUAUCUAGUACUACUGCCCAGCAACCGGCUAACGUUGUGACUACCCAAGGUACUGGUAUUGGUAUCGGUACGCCUCCUACUCCGGCCACACCCUCGAGCGCCAUUGCAUCGCUCCCGCCUGCGAUCCUAGCAUUGCUCGGGAACGCUGUGCCGCCUGCACAGCCUCCACCGCCUCCACCUCCUCCACCUCCCGAGCCCCAGCCAAUCCAAGCCCAAUUCAAGCUCGAUCCAACCCAACUGGCACUCAUCUCCCAGCUCACUGCUGCCUCCCAAUCCCAGUCUGCCACUCCUCCGUUCUCGCCCGCCCGAAAUGCGUCUCCGAGCAUGAUGGCGAGUGUUGGCCCCAACGGCUCCUUCUCGCCCACUGCUCCCCCCUUUUCACCCGUUCACAAGGCGGCACCUCUUCCCGACCCUUCGUCUCUCCCGCCAUCCAGGUCAAAGAGCCCACCGCGGUAUGAUGAUCGUGAGCGUGGUCAUCACGACAGGUUCAGCGGUCCAGUGCACGAUGACCACCGACACAAUGCAGGUCCAAGAAACAACAACCCAGAGAGACGAGGACCCCGCUUCCAACCCCGAUUCGGAGACGAUCGCAGCCCGAGGUCGGCCGACCCGCGCUCAAAGGACCCGCGUCGCCGCUCGAGGUCUCCCCGAAACCGCCGCGCCAGUUUGCCUAGUUCAGGCAGGAGGCCGAUGUCUCCCACACACAGCCGGGGUCCCAUCUCGCCCGGAAGGCGGCCCUUGUCGCCCCAUCGAGGAGGGAGCGGGAGGGCCCCGUUGCCCGGUGCAGGCGAGGCCGGCAAGGACGAGUUUGGCCGCGACUUGAGGGACGACGCGAGUGCUGGUGAUCGGUCUCCUGUUGCUCAACCUCAGUCCUAUUCGGCCCAGUCUCAGCCAACUCGCUCUUAUGCAGCUCAACCCCAGUCUCACCCGUCCCAGAACCAGAACCAGAACCAAUUCCAGCUCGAACCCCAGUCCCAAUCUGAACCUCAGCCUCCCCAAGGCGGUCUAGAGGCAUUUGACAUGUCCAUGUUUAAUCCUGCCGAUCCAGCUUCGUGGACGUCCCUUGCGGCAGCUUGGGAAAUGACCAAUGGUCGUGCUCCCACGCAAGAAGAGAUGAUGAUGUUUGUUAUGAGUGGUGGUAAUGCCGCGAACGCUGCGGCAGCUGGUGCUGGCGGUGGUGCCGGUGCUGGAGCCGGAAUUGGGGGCGGGGGCGGGAACGAUAUGGGAGGGGGCGGUUGGGGUGGGGGACGAGGACGAGGUCGGGGGCGUGGUGGGUUUAGAGGACGAGGUAGAGGAAGGGGCAGGGGCGGGUUUGGUUCUGGAGGUGGCGGAGGAGGAUAUAGCGGCGGUGGCGGCGGCGGCGAUGCCUAUGGUGGUGGCGGAGGAUACGGAGGAGGCGGAUAUGGGGGAGGAAGCGACGCUGUUGUUCUUGGUGGAGGAGACGAUGAGACUUCGGGUCAAGGAUACGGCAACGAACAAGCCUACGCGAACGGAUACGAACACGAAUACGGAGGAAACGAUUAUACAGUAUACAACGACGCCAAUUCUAUUCCUACUGCAUCUUCCGGUGGAGGCAUGAAGAAAAUCGAUGGGAAAUGGGUCUGGACUAAAAACUAG